UAAUCUGGAUAGCCACGUGGUCUCCCCUGCCCGUCAGGAGAUAAGAGUCCUUCAGAAUCCAUAUGCUUCUAGAUUUCUGCCUCUGCAGACAGGGCCUCUCUUCUCCUUGUCCCCCACAGCGGUUGCCUGGCACAGUCGGGGCGCUCUCCGAACACGUUGCUACCAGGCCCCACACAAGCCUGAUUCUAGCCUCAUCUCAGGGGAUGCCCUGGGGGCACUUCUGGUUUUCAAAGGCUUCCCCAAAUGAUUCUAAAGUGCAGCCAGUUAGGAAGUGCUGGUUUACACCGUGCACCUGUUGCAUCUUUUCAUGUCGACCAAAAUGUGGAGCCUCACGCUCUUCCUUAAAUCCACACAAAUAACCAUUCACCCAAGGGAAUGUGUAUGUUGAAAAAAGGCUUUGGGGAGCCAGAGGACUUGUCUCACAGCAGCAUAAGCAAGUGACAGUUUUAAAGUAGGAAUCGUGGGCCUAAGAAGUCCCUUGGUCAUUUUCUCAGGCGAGUUCCAGUCUUCCAUCCUGUUCCUCACUUUUCCUUUUUCCUCCAUCUACUCCUCUCCGCUCUGCCCACCUCACAACCCUAAAGUCUUGUUCAAUGAUACCACACAAUGUUAAACUCUCUCCUCCCUUUCCCUGGCUCCUUCCUACUCAUGCCAUCAAGUCCAGCAGCUUAUUAAACUCUUUUCCUAAAGACAGAAUCCAAGAAGGAUUCUGGUACCAGCUGGUGAGACUGACAUUUCACCCCAGAUCCACAUGGCUUUGACAAGGACCCCAAAUGUCCUCGUCAUUAUAUCUCCAUUGGCUCUGAGAACCGUCACAGAUGUAUGCGCUGCUAUUUUCAUACAAAGAAGCAGGGCCCAGAUCUUGCAAGGGAGGACUAAGUUGGCAAAGCAUUUCAAGAGUGAUCCUCUGUGUAUCCACUUGAGGGAGUCUUGGUGUCCCUGUAGGUAGCUGUCUAGUCCUUAUGGCUAUUAUUCAAAUUUUGACCAUUUGCAGACUGACAGAAUUUGAAAUGAAGAGAAAAACACCCUGAUUUGUGACCUGGAAGAUGUACAGAUAUCAUUACUACAACAAUAUUUUGAUAGAGAAUAUGAAUAUUUAUUGUACACUCUCCUAUGCCAACCAUUGGAUAUGAUGGUGUCUGAAACCUGUGUGCAUGGCAUAGUGUAGUAGGUUUUAUUUUUUUAACUCCUCUUCUUUUUUAAAUUAUUAUUUCCCCAUAGUUUAAAAAAAUUGAGGGAAGACAGAGACUCAACCCCUGAUUCACUCCCCAGAUGCCAACAACAGCAGGGACUGGGCCAGACCAAAGCCAGGAGCCAUGAACUCAGUGUGGGUGGCAGGGAACGAACUACUUGAGCCAUUAUCACCUCCUGCCUCCCAGGAUGCACAUUAGCAGAAAGCUGGAAUCGGAAGUGUGGACAGGUGCAUGGUACGGCAACUAGCCUUUCCCAGGACUUUCCGUGAUGCUCACAACUGGACAGUGAGGACGCCUCUGUCCCUUAAGCUUUCCUUCCCAGAGCUCUGUCAGGUUCUCAGAGGUUGGAUCUCUAGCUAGCUGGUUAACAGCCAUCAGUGUCUGUGGUGGACCAGGCACAGGCUUGCUAUCUCACGUGCUUCAUCUCAUUGGGUCCUCACAAUGGGGAGGCAGAGAGUCUGUAUUAUCGUCUGCAUUUUACAACUGUGAAAACUGACCACCUACCAUCAGGCUUUCUGACCCCAAUGCCUUUCAAACCACACCACUACCUAAUGCCAACCUCCAAGGCAUGACUGAGAGAAAGCAAGCUCCUUCAUCAUCGGUAAACAACAUCAUUGUCAUCACAUAAUCAUAUCAGCUAUCAUUUGUCAGGCACUUUCUUUGUACUAAGAACUGCACUGGGCCUGGCGCUGUGGUGUAGUGGGUUAAGCCACUACAGCUGCAGUGCCAGUAUUCCAUAUGGGCGCUGGUUCAAAUCUCGGCUAUGCCACUUCUGAUCCAGCUCCCAGCAAAUGUGCCUUGGAAGGCAGUGGAAGAUAGUACAAGUGUUUGGGCCUCUGCACCCACAUGGGAAACCCAGAAUAAGCUUCUAGCUCCUGGCUUCAGAUUGGCCCAACUCCAGCCAUUGCAGCCAUUUGAGGAGUGAGCCAGCAGAUGUCUUUUCUCUGUCUCUGUCUUCUCUCUGUGUCUCCCUCUCUCGUAACUCUGCCUUUUGAAUAAAUAAAUAAAUCUAAAAACUGCACUAAGGCUUUAAUAAAGAUAAAUAAUAUGAAUAGCAGUUAGUAGUAAUUGAGUUUAUAUGUGUCAGGCACUGUCUUAAAAACUCUUACAAGGAUUGCCCUAAUCAUUCUGCAUCAUAUUGUACUGAAACAGACACUGUUCUUAGCCCUGUUUUAGAGAAGAGAAAACUGAGAUUUAGACAGGCUAAUUAACUCCCACGACCUCAUGGCUAGUGAGUGGCAGGGCUGGGAUGUGACCUCUGUGUGACUCUAGAACCUUACCUCCUCUGCUGUACUGCCUGUUACAUGAGGGGUUCUGCCUGAAGAGAGAUGUCCGUUUCUUCUUGCUACCCUUUUGGGAGAGCUGUUUGCGGCUGGUGUCUGGUCACUGGAGAGCUCUCUUGGACUGCUAACCAGGACCGGCUGGGGUGGCCAGGCAGCAUGGGUGAGAGCAGAUGCUCUCCUGAUGAACUGACAACCCAAGCGCUUCCCAUCUGACAGCCAGUGCCAGGAGAAUAGGAAAUCUGCCUAGAGACGGCCUCCUGGCCAAAGCAUUUUUACAGCCAAACUUUGGGAAAAUACAGUAGCCGAGACCUGUGUAGGCAGAGGCCAGGUAAACAAGAUGACUCUUGCUGGUUUUUUUCCUUCUCCACAUUCACAGGAGUAGGUUCUCUGCUUAUUGUACCCACAGCAUCUGCAUACUAGCAUCUUUUGCUGGUGCCACCCCCUUUGUCCUCCUCACCCCAGCUAACCUGAGUCCCUUAGUUCUGUCUCCUUUCGCUGUCAUUUGCCCAUCACUUCAUUUCCUUCCUCUUUAGAAAAUGCCAGCUCCUCUUCGCUCCAAAUCUCUUCAUUUUUCCCUGCUUCCAUUUCAGCACAAUCCACAUUAAGGUUGUAAAGCACUAUGGAAGGUAGUGAAUAAGGCAGGAUGGUAAAUAGAGUUUUAUGCUAUUUUGCCAUCGCUGAGCUGGGAGUCUUUCAAAACCAGUGGCAGUUCACAGCCCUGGCAUACCUGUGUUUCUGCAGAGCUAUUAACUAGCUGUACAGGAGGUCUGUGGCCAUGACCCCAAAGGUACAUUUCUCAGAUCAUUCAAAGUCACUCCAGGUGUGGUAGUAUCAGCUUGACUAACAUUUUCCAAAUGGGCAUCCAUGGGACCUCGAAUGCUAGGGCUGAAUAGGUACCAUGGGGAGAAAAAGAUUUCUGGGUACAAACGACUUUGAUAAAUGCUGGAUUAAAUAAGUUAAACUCUACUGCAGGAUUUAACAGAGCCCUUAAUAUACUAAUAAGAACCAGGAAUCUCCAAGAGGACCUUUACAGCGUUGCCAUUCAGAGUGUGAUCUGAGGAUUGGCAGCACAUUCAUCACCUGGGAGCUUGCUGGAACUGCGAAAUCUCAGGCCUCCCUCCUAGACUUUCCGAGGCAGAAGUGGCGUUGAAACAAGAUCCUCAGGUGAUUUGUGUGUGCAUUCAAUUCUGCAAAGCACGGACUUAGAGUACAUGGCGUUUCUCAAACUUCUGCUCGCGGCAUUUCAUUACCAAGACUCUUAUGGGACUCAUGUUCCCUGAAACAUACUUUGGGAAAAUAUGAGGGGGGGGGCAGUUCUUCAAAAAGUUCAUGAAAAAUACAAACUAUGAAAAAACUAUACAUGGAUUUCAAAGUAUUUGACACCAAAAUAAACUUACCUUUGAAUUCCACUUUUCCCUAAACUUUAAAAAAAAAAUACCCUCAUUUCAAGACUAAAAAGGCCUUCCUAUGAAUUAUUAUUGUUUGGGAACUCCAUGAAAAAACAUUAGCUGAAGCAACAUUUAGAAAUUGGGAGGUUGAUUGUUUGUAUGUUACCGGAAGACUCGUUUGAUGGAAGUUUCAAUUCUUCUGAGUCUUGGGUUAUCUGAAAAUCUUCCCCAUACCCCUUGUUCCCAAUUAACUCAUUUCCUGGGGCCUGUUUAAAUCAUGCCAUGGCUGUUCUUUGUCUGUUCUCUGGCCCGGAUCAACCUGUUCAUUUCUUAAACUCAGCGACUUCUCCAGAGUACUAGAGCUCAGGAUCCCAGCAUCUAAAGAAUGUUCCACAGUCCCCUGCUGUAGAACAUUAUAAAGGCAAUUUUAUAAGCUGGGCAACUUUUCAGUCCGGUGUGUUCCGUUCAGUUAAGCUGUCAUUGUUUUUCUUUUAGGCCUUCAAGCUAUUGUGCCAAACAUCAGAAUAACACUAGCUAUUUUGUAUUCACAUCUUGCAACUCAUUUGGGGGCAUUGUUAAUAUUUUAUAAGAAAUUCUCAUUUUUCCACUCGUAUUUGUGAUUUUCAAGUGUGUUGCUACAUUGCAUUCAUAAACAUGAUUUUUAUUAAGUCUCAGGGCCCCGGUUUUUCCCCCUCAGAGAAACACAUCACCAAUUUUAUGUUAAAAGUUAAAUAGGAAAUCAGCUCUGAUAUGUGAAAAUUUGAUCUGCAAGACUUGUCCAGUAUGGACCCAUUCUGUGCAAUCAGGUGCUGCUGGCCCUAACCCCUGUUUAUGACACAGGCAAGGCUCUCAGCAAGGUCUCAUGGAGGUUGUCAUCAAGAACCUUCCUGGCUGGUGCCGUGGCUUACUAGGCUAAUCCUCCACCUGCGGCGCCGGCACCUCGGGUUCUAGUCCCAGUUGGGAUGCUGGAUUCUGUCCCGGUUGCUCCUCUUCCAGUCCAGCUCUCUGCUGUGGCCCGGGAAGGCAGUGGAGGAUGGCCCAAGUGCUUGGGCCCUGCACCCGCAUGGGAGACCAGGAGGAAGCACCUGGCUCCUGGCUUUGGAUUGGUGCAGUGCCAGCUGUAGUGGCCAUUUGGGGGGUGAACCAACGGAAGGAAGACCUUUCUCUCUGUCUCUCUCACUGUCUAACUCUGCCUGUCAAAAAUAAAAAAAGAACCUUCCUUCCCAGUGACCACUUUCUGUGGCGAGCCAGAAUUGUUUGUUCAGAGUGAAGUGGAGGAGGUGAGAUGAGCCAGCUGUUUAGUGCCUAGAGAUGUGUGAAAGUAAGAUCACUCUGUUAGACCUGUAGGACUGGAGGGCCCACCAACCCAGAGGUCACCUACUAUGGGUUUAGAGCAGUGCAACUGACUCUCCCAUACUCCAAACAUGAGCAGAAAUAUCAGAAUAAAGGGAAAUGGGGUUAUGAAAACACAUCUUCACUUUGGACCACGAGAUCCAAGAUUUCAUUCGAAUUCCUCCUUUGUUCAGUGACACUGGCAAUGCUGUGGUUCAGAGCCCCAUUGGCUUAAAUCUAAAUGCAAACCCACCUGGGCAAGGGUAACCAUUGUUGCUGGUGGCCUCUAACCCUUCCAUGUAUCAGCAUCCAUUUGUGAUGCCAACUAUUUAGGAUGCACUAGUGGUUGUACUGGAUUUUUUUCUUUCUUUCUGGUGACAAUCCACAAUUAGUAUAUUCAGAAAUUUUCCUUGCAAGAAAUCCACAGGCCUUUUAAAAGAGACUAAAAGCACACAGAUUAUUCUCUGUAAUUUAUGCCUGGGCUACCAUUUCUUGAGCAUUUUUCCUGUAUGCCAGGCACUGGGCUUGGCACUUUACACGUGUUAUCUCAUUUAACCUUCACAAUUACUCUUUACUUCCAUUUUACAGAUAAUGAAAUGGAGCCUCAGAGAAGUAGGUGACUUACUCAAAGCAACUCCCACAAGCCCCGAUCUGUGGAACUCCCAAGUCAUGCUCUCUGUUCCUCGGGCUGGGAGACUGGUUUGGAUGCCAGAGAGCACUGCAGAGGCCCUGAGUUCUGAGGCGGCCGGUGGACUUCUACAGAAGCAAAAGGAAGGACUAGGGAUUGAGGACUGGCAGGCGUGAAUGGUUGUCUCAUAAUUUUAGCUACGGUUAGAUCUGCAAGCAAGGCUAAGGUGUGCCUCAUAGCCCGCUUGGAGAUCUAGUAACAGAUCUCACUCCUGAUCUACCUCUACACACAUAAGCAUUCCCAUAUUCUUCCAGCAGUGCUGGCCUUCUGGACACUCCUUGGUCAUCCCAGGUACACUCCACUUCGGGGCCUUUGUCCGUGCUACUCUUUGCGUAUGCCCGACAGGCUCCUUCCCUGGACAGCAACGUGGCUCACGCCCUCUUUUCCUUCGGCUCUCUUUGCCCAGUUGUCACUUCCUCAGUAGGGCCCUCCCUGAUCACCAUCUUCAAAGUUGCAACUGCUUGUCUCCAAACCUGUAUCCCCUUUUCUUGCUUUAUUUCUCUCCAAAGCGCUUACUCUCUAAACUUUAUAGCAUUUUCCCUACUUAUCUGUUUAUUGUCUGUGUUUUCUCACUAGAAUGCAAGCUCCACGAGACCGGGAGUUCUCAUUUCUGUGUUCCCUGCCGUAUCUUUGGUGUCUAGAAUAGUAUGUGACACAUAGUAGGACCUCAGUACCCACUUGUGUAAGAUGAUUGAAUAUGCAGGUAGCUUUAUAUGUGGCUCCGCACCCCUCCCAUAUCUACUGAGCUGCACAGCAUCGUUGAGAUAAAAUAGAAGGUGAGUGGGUGAGAGAAUGUAUAACCUUGUGAGUGAGGAGACAUGGGCUGGGAGUACUCUGGGAACAAAAUGCCCACGGUUCUCAACGUGGCUCGAGCCAAGAACCCACAUUCAUUCUGGAUACCUCUUGACAGUGAUCCUACUCUAGUGUCCACUGAUUUACAAACACAUAGUGACCACAAACUAAUAUGAAUGCAAUGAUAUUUUAAAAUAUACUUAGCCUAGUGGUUAAGAUUGCCCACACCCCAUAAUGAAGCACCAAGGCUCAAUUCUGAGCUCUGGCUUCUGACCCCAGCUUCUGCCAAUGCAACCCUGGGAGGCAGUGGUGAUGGCUUCAGUAAUUGAGUGCCUGCCGCCUAUGUGGGAGACCUGGAUAGCAGUCCAAGCCCAGUUCUGUCUGUUGCCGGUAUCUGGAGAAUGAACCAGCAGAUGGGAGGCUCUCUUUGUCUGUUACCUGUAUGUCUUGCUCUCUCUUUCUGUCUCAAAUAAAUUUAAAAAGCAAUAAUAAAAAUGAAUGUGCAUUCUGUUAAUCAUUAGGACAUCUGCCUAGUAUUUGGAAAGUAGUGAUAUAAACGUGUGUGAGAUGUUUCACAAUGGUGCUUUAAUAACUGGUCUCUGACAUUUCUUAGCCAUGGUUUGAUUUCUGGCACUGCCAUUUAUUGCCUGUGUGGUCUCGAGCAAGUUACUUAAACCUCUGCCUCGUGUCCUCAUCUGCAGAUGCGGGCUAAUGAUAGCACCGAGCUCACAGAGUUGUCAAGAAGAUUCAAUGAGAUAUUGUGUGUAGAGCUCAUGUGAGGUGGCUGGCAUGUAGCAAAUUCUGCCCUAAUGGGAGCUGCUAUCAUCUUCUUCUUUAUCCUCAUCAUCCUCUUCAGUGAUCAUUUGCGUCCACACAUAAAUUCUUCCAGAAGCCGCUGCCUCUACCGUCAGCGCUGGGCACAGCCAGAGGCAGCGCGACAGAGAGAAGGCAAGAGGGUUCCCGGGCCGGGCUGCCGCCCCGCUGUGGCCCGCAAAGGGCCCCGACAUCAUGUGAUGCAGGAAGAGAGCGCAAAUGAUAUGGAAUGUGAGCAGCUGCCAGCAGAGACGCUGCGACAUGUGACCAUUCACCGGGACCCUAUAUAUGGCUUUGGCUUCGUGGCUGGCAGUGAGAGGCCCGUGGUGGUUCGAUCUGUGAGGCCAGGAGGCCCCUCUGAGGACAAGCUCCUGGCUGGUGACCAGAUUGUGGCUAUUAAUGAGGAGGACGUGAGUGAAGCCCCCAGGGAGAGGUUCAUAGAACUCAUCAGUCCCCCAAAUCUGCCUUUAUCAGUGCUGCGAAGAAGGCCCAGCUGAGGUCCCAUCCUGUGAAAGUCCGAUUUUCCGAGCAGGUGGCAGUUGGAGAAACAGAUGCAAAAAUGAUGAAGAAAGAAGCUCUUCUCCUCAUUCCCAACGUCUUGAAAGUUUUCUUGGAAAAUGGGCAGAUCAAGUCAUUCACAUUUGACGGCCGGACCACUGUCAAGGAUGUUAUGGUGACAUUACAGGACCGUCUUUCCCUGAGGUACAUUGAGCACUUUGCUCUUGUCCUUGAGUACGCUGGGCCAGAGCAGAAUCACAAGUUCCUGCUUCUGCAAGACAAGCAGCCCCUGGCUUAUGUGGUGCAACGGACACACUACCAUGGGAUGAAAUGCCUCUUCCGAAUAAGCUUCUUUCCCAAAGACCCCGUGGAGCUGCUGCGUCGAGAUCCUGCUGCUUUUGAGUACCUGUACAUCCAGAGUCGGAAUGAUGUUAUCCGAGAGCGCUUCGGAAUGGACCCCAAGCCAGAGAUGCUCUUGGGCCUCGCUGCCCUCCACAUCUAUAUCACUGUCUCAGCCACGCGGCCUAGUCAGAAGAUCUCUCUCAAGAACGUGGAGAAGGAGUGGGGCCUGGAACCCUUUCUUCCCCCCUCCCUCCUGCAGGGCAUCAAGGAGAAGAACCUCCGAAAAUCUCUCUCUCAGCAACUGAAGGCUCACCAAACCCAUCCUUCAAGUGGCUCUAAGGGCUCUGCGAUUCAGGCAAAGCUCCAGUAUCUUCGAAUUCUGAAUGAACUUCCGACCUUCACAGGCGUUUUGUUCAACACUGUGGGCCUGGAUGAGAAGCAAUCAGCCACCACUCUCCUGGUGGGACCCCGGCACGGCAUCAGCCAUGUUAUUGACCUCAAAACCAACCUCACCACUGUGCUGUCCGAGUUCAGCAAGAUCAGCAAGAUCCAGCUGUUCCGGGAGAACCAGGGCGUGGCCCGGGUGGAGACCAGCAUCAUGGAUGCCAAGCCUCUGGUGCUGUUGAUGGAGUGGCCGGAAGCCACCAAUUUUGCCUGCCUGAUUGCGGGGUACUGCCGCCUCCUGCUGGAUUCCAGGAAGAUGAUCUUCUCCAGGCCUGCAAGCCAGCCUCUUCCGCCUCCAAUGAUCAAGGCAGAUUACAUGCACAGCGCCAACCGCCCUGUCACUGGGGGCCACCUGGGGAAAAAGGAGAGUAGUUAUGUGGGCAGCGUGGGCACCAGCCCCAGGAAGUCGAGCCGCUGCACGCCCUCGCCUGCCGACUCUGAGCUUGUCAGCUUCUGCUACCUCCACAUGCGGGAACAAAGGAAGGAGCCGGAAAGCCGGGCGGAUGUCAACGAGAACUUAAUGUUCUUCGAGGAGACCAGGCCCAGGACCAAGUCUGACCCCACAUCCAAAAGCUCUGGCCAAGGUUACGAGGUGGUCCCUGAUGACUUUGAUGCAGCCAGCCUAGACCACGAGCCUUGUGCCAGCAGGGCCCGGUCUUACACCUUGGACAAUUCCCUUGGGGCCGAAGCCCUGAAUUUCUACUGUGACUCUUGCAAAGCCAAACUCCAAGAGCAGCUGGGCCCUCGCAAAGGUGGGAGGCCUGGCUCCUCUCGUGACAACAUGGUAGACUUGAUGUCCCUCCCACCACCUGGGAGUGAGGAAGAGGAGGAGGAGGAAGAUGAGACAACUUCUCUGUUGCCUGCCAUUGCUGCCCCACCCCCAGGUUUCCGAGACAACAGCUCUGAUGAGGAUGACCCCAAGCGCCGAGCUGUCCAGAGCCAGGAGCAGGGACGCCAUCUGCGUGGGCUUCUGUACGAUGAGAUACCGGUGACAUUGAUUGACAGCGUGCAGACGCGGACAGUCCGAGAUCAUGCCCAGGAGCUGGAUGAUGCCUUGGUGUCCACUCUGCAGGCUCUGGAAGCCCUGGCUGCUUCAGAGGACGGACCGCACCCCCCACCCCCACAGACUGCAGGUCUGAUUGUGCUGGCCACAAUUACUCCUGAAUCCUCGCUGGACUCGGGCCACGAGACCAACUCUUCGGAGCUCACUGACAUGUCGGAGAUGAUGUCGGCCAUGAAGCAGCACCAGAACACCACCUACUUUCUGGCCCAGCACCUCAACAAGGAGAGCCUCCUUUCCCGCAAGGACCUGCCCUUCCGAAUCCAGAGCUGUGCCGCCCAGGCCGUUCUCACGGCCCCUUACUCACUCGGACGCCCGGAUCCCAACCCAUCCCUGCAGCCAGCUGUCACGGGCCAGAGUCCAGGUCCCCCUGGCGCUCGGCGGAAGCUGCCCCAGUCAGAGGCCCAGGCGCAGGGAGAGCGAACAUACUCCCUGGCGGUGCACCCCGCCCUGUCCCCGCAGCUAAGUGAGCAGAAGAAUCUGAGCCUGCUGUCCCCAGUCCCUGAGGACCAAGGGCCUGGCCACGGUAGGGCGGGUUUGGAGAUGUCCCGGAGGGCACCCACACCAUCCCUCAGUGACGAGCAGGUCUCAGAGCUGAGGGAGAAACUGCCCAAGGAGCUCAGGUUGAGCCCCAAGCUUAUCCUGGACCCCAAAGGCAGUGUGGCCCCAGCCAUCAUCUCAGCCGCCCUGCAACAGGUGGUUCACAGCAAGAGUCUGGCCAGCCCUGGCGGGGCCUUGGGAAACGCCCCUAGCAGGGAGGAGAGAAGGCUGGAGGACAGCACAGGGAGGCCGGAGGUCAGCAGGGCAAGGGCAGACGUUGGCAUGGGGAGUGGCAAUGCCAAUAAGAAUCUGAAGUUCCACGUGAGCCCCAGCGCCGCAGAGGUCUCGCGCAGUUCCCAGCAGCAGCUCGGCCCGGAGGUGUCUCCCAGCGCCAGAGCACCCGCAGGCAGCCGGGCUGAUGGCCCCCACCUCUCCCCGCCAGAAGACAGGAUGCCUGUUCAGAGUUACCCUUCCAAAAGCUAUCUUCUGCGAGCAAGUCGAGAAUCGGUGGGCAAGCCAGCUGCAGGGGAGGGGGCGGGCAAGGGCGGGUCAGAGGGUACCAAGCCUGCCCUGCACAAACAGGGCACUGCCUCCAGCCAGGGUGACCGGGGGCAAUUGGAGAGCACACCCAAAAGCAGCAAGCUCGAGGAGACCAGUCUGGUGCCCCGGGCUGGCUACCCCGUGGCUCUGCAGAGCCCCAGCUGCCAGCCGCGAAGCCACAGCCCCAGCUAAGCUUGAAACGACCCUGGACGGAGCCCACUCAGCCUCUGAAGGCCCCACAAAGCCCAAGUCAUCCCGAGGUCCUUUCCGGCUCCGGAGUUUAUUCUCUGCCACCUUCCCAACCCGCCAGAAGAAGGAGACGGACGAGCGGCAGGCCCAGCUGCAGAAGGUCAAGCAGUAUGAGCUUGAGUUUCUCGAAGAACUCCUAAAGCCACCAAGCCAGGGGGAGCUGCCAGGCACUGAGUACCUGCAGCCACCAGCGCCUGGCCGCUGCAGUUGCCAGCUACGCAGCAGCCCCGUGCAGCAGGGACCUGGCAUGUCCCGUGAGCAGAGGCGCAGCUGCGACUGCAAACGCAUCUGCCGGGGUGGCCGGCCACAGGCCGCCCAGUUGCCAGUGCCUCCUGGCCUUCGGGGGAGGGAAAGGGACAGGGUCCCCCCGACCCAGAAGCAGCCGGAGGCUGGACCGGGCUUGAGCCUCAGCAGCCCCAUCAACGUCCGGCGGAUCCGCUCCACCAGCCUAGAAUCCCGCGAGUGUCGAUCGGACCCUGAGAGUGGCGUUUCAUGCCUGACCACGUGUGCCUCAGGGGGCGAGUGUCUGGGAGCGCCCAACUACAGGAAACUGAUGCGCCGCUACAGUAUUAGUGAGCUGGACCAGGGUGACAGGGCCUCGCUGACCUCGGACGUGUACCCGCACCCACCGCUAGGCGCGCUGCCCAGGGAGGUCAAGGAGAUAGAGGCAGGCCUCCCCCUGGGUGUGCCUCCCAAAAGCAAGCCUCUGGAGUCACCCACCCUGGGAGACCCCUCGUAUGUCCAGGUUACCCCUGAGACCAAAGGCCCCAGACAGAUGGCCGUGUUCUCACUGCCAGAGGAGGUGUACCGCAAGUCAGCCGAGCUGGAUGAGGACAGCGAGAGCAGCAAGUGCUGCUCCAUCCGCUACUGCUUCUACUACCGCAAGUGCGACAUGGCCGACGACGCGAGUGACGGCAAAGACGAGCUCUCCUACUCCAUUCCCAUGAAGAUUCUGCCCGGCAUGAAGUUGGACGAGCAGGUGGUGCCUGUGGUGAGCAGGACCCUGCAGGUACUGGACGCUGCCACCUGCAGCAGCCCCGAGGCUGCUCGCACCCAGGAGAUUGACCUUCGGGUGUCCACCUUCGAGGGGAGCCUGGCCAAGAUCAACGCCCUGCGGGCCCACGCCUAUGGCCUCCCCGACGGCUUCCUGGCUGCCCGGCUGGACACCAAUGAGCUGCUGACGGUCCUGCGGCAGUGUGUGGCCAGCCCUGAGGCCCGCGCCCCCAAGCCCUAUGUCUCGCAGAUCUCUGAGUACAAGCUCGAGCUAGCUCUCAAGUUCAAGGAGCUCCGGGCCUCCUGCCGCCGUGUGGCCAACGUGGACAAGAGCCCAACCCACAUGCUCGCAGCCAUCACAGGCAGCUUCCAGGUGCUGAGCAGUCUCAUCGAGACCUUUGUGCGGCUGGUGUUCAUUGUGCGCUCUGAGGCCCAGCGCCAAGAGCUGCUGGCCAAGGUGGAAGAAGUGGUGAGGAACUACACGUUCCUGCUGCGCGCGGCUGAGGAGUCCACAGCCCGGAACCUCAACCAGCAGCAGCAGCAGCAGCAACAGCAGCAGCAGCAGCAGCAGCAGCAGGUGGCAGCUGCCACGGGGACAGCCACAGGGCACCCACCAGGCUCCCCAUCUUCGGCGACUGUUAUGAGCACAUUCACCCGCUCCUUAAAAACCCUGAUUAAGUAGGGCAUCUGCCUAGGCCCAGCCCCCUCCCCAGGUUUGAGCUUUGUGGUCCUUGCAUCUUGUGCUGAGUGUGUGUAUCUGCUGGGCCAGUCAGGGUCCAAGAGCCCAUCACUUUCCUGGGGAGGGAAAACUCCCUGGAUUGAGGCUCUCUCUAAGGGCUGCAGGCCCAGCUGCCGCCCUGGGUGUUCUCAGCCCUUCUCUGGCCUCUGGGCGUCACUGUGAGGGCAAAGGCCCUUGGUCACCAUGCCCACCACAGAGCUCUCUGUUUUCUCUCUUCUCCGGAGCUGAGAGAUGACAGCAGGCUCACUUCCUGCUCUGUGCUGGGCGCCGGGAGUCAGGACCUGAGCUCUUGCUGGCAUCUGCUCUCUCUGCAGGGAGCAGUGACAGUAGCAUCAGGCCACAGCCCCGAGCCAGAGUGGGGUGGGGGCGGGGGGAGGCAUGGGGCGCUCGGUCCAGAUGUGCCCGCCCACCACCCUGGGCUCACACUCGCCUGGCAGGAACCACCCCCAAGGGCCUGUGCCCGGGUGGGUCGUCGGCAGAAAAAAGCCCCUCCGCAGGCUGUCUGCAGCCAGCCCAAUAGGCUGGCAGCCUCGGAACCCUCGCCCACCCACCCCGGGUCCAGUAGCUCCACACCAGCCAUCCCCAAAGUGCCCUGCCCCUCACUGGUAGGCAGGGCAGCUCAGUCCACUAGGGAGCAAGCCUCUGGGAUCAGCCCACUUGUUUUGGGUCCGGUACCUGGUGAAAAUGUCUGCUCUGGGGAUACCUAGUGCAGGCCUUGAGCCCGCCUGGCACAGCCCGGCCCAGCACAGGGGCUGUGGCUGCAGGGCGUGUGGCUCCCCUGUCAACAUCUCUCUAGCAGACAGACUGUCCUUAGGAGUUUGACUUAGCUAUGGAUUGGGGUGGGGGGUGGGGGGGAGGGGGUACGGGGAGGGGGGUGGUGAUGACUAUAUCUUAAACUUCUGGAAGCUAGCGUGAUAUGUUAAUCCUGAGUAUAUGCUUUGGCUGUGUAUUGACCCUGUGGAUUUGUCUCUCUAAGAAAAGAAGCUGAGCGCCUUACCCGGUGCAAUCCUGCACCUCUCUCUCCCUCUCCGGAGCCAUCUGGAAGGGAAGUCACACUGGUUAGCAUCCUCCUUACCACACAUCUAGUGCCGCCGCCGCUGCCACCACUGCCGCCACCGCCGCCGCUGCCACC